GGAGUCACUAUUCGAGGGUACUGUAUAUACAAUCUGGGUCAGCUGCAGCUGGUUACUGCAUUUCUCCAUGUGGCAGACAGAGCAAAGCCACAAUGCCUUCUCUGCUGGAUUAAAGACAGCCCGCAGACCAGAACUUCCACUACACUACUUAAAAUUACAUAGGUGGCUUGUCAAAUUCAAUUGAUUAGUGCUGUAAGAAGAAAAAGAAGUUCCUUAUUACAGCUUGGACUCAACGGCCCAAAACAAAAAUGCAGUUGCCAUUAAAAUCACAGACGAACAAACUUCUACACUGAUUUUUUAAAAGCAAGAACAAGAGCAGCAAGUUUCUGAGUUUGCUUUAUCAACAGAUGCAAAAAGACAUCAUACAACCUCACUUCAAAAUGAAGGCCUUUAUCUGGACCCUAAGUGUGCUAUUCUUCCUACUAAUGGGCAUUGGACACUGCAGAGGAGGACAGUUUAAAAUAAAAAAAAUAACCCAGAGGAGAUACCCUCGUGCUACAGAUGGUAAAGAGGAAGCAAAGAAAUGUGCAUACACAUUCCUGGUACCUGAACAAAAAAUAACAGGGCCGAUUUGUGUCAAUACCAAAGGGCAAGACGCAGGUACCAUUAAAGACAUGAUCACCAGGAUGGACCUUGAAAACCUGAAGGACGUGCUCUCCCGGCAGAAGCGGGAGAUAGACGUCCUGCAACUGGUGGUGGACGUAGACGGGAACAUAGUCAAUGAGGUAAAGCUGCUGAGAAAAGAAAGCCGUAACAUGAACUCUCGUGUUACUCAACUCUACAUGCAACUAUUACAUGAGAUUAUUCGUAAGAGGGAUAAUUCACUGGAACUCUCCCAGUUGGAAAAUAAAAUCCUCAAUGUCACCACAGAAAUGCUGAAGAUGGCAACAAGGUACAGGGAACUAGAGGUGAAAUACGCCUCCUUGACUGACCUUGUCAAUAACCAGUCUGUGAUGAUCACUUUGCUGGAAGAACAGUGCUUGAGGAUAUUCUCCCGACAAGACCCGCACGUGUCUCCUCCUCUCGUCCAGGUGGUGCCACAGCACAUCCCUAACAGUCACCAGUACACUCCUGGUCUGCUGGGGGGCAACGAGAUCCAGAGGGAUCCCGGCUAUCCCAGGGACUUAAUGCCAUCACCUGAGCUGGCAACAUCUCCCACCAAAAGCCCUUUCAAGAUGCCACCAGUAACUUUCAUCAAUGAAGGACCAUUCAAAGACUGUCAGCAUGCAAAAGAAGCUGGACAUUCAGUCAGCGGGAUUUACAUGAUCAAACCUGAGAACAGCAAUGGACCACUGCAGUUAUGGUGUGAGAACAGCCUGGAUCCUGGGGGUUGGACUGUUAUUCAGAAAAGAACAGAUGGCUCUGUCAACUUCUUCAGAAACUGGGAAAAUUAUAAGAAAGGAUUUGGAAACACUGAUGGAGAAUAUUGGCUUGGACUGGAAAAUAUCUACAAGCUUAGCAAUCAAGAUAAUUAUAAGCUGUUGAUUGAACUAGAAGACUGGAGUGAUAAAAAAGUCUAUGCAGAAUACAGCAGCUUUCGACUGGAACCUGAAAGUGAAUUCUAUAGGCUGCGCCUGGGAACUUACCAGGGAAACGCUGGGGAUUCCAUGAUGUGGCAUAAUGGUAAACAGUUCACCACACUGGACAGAGAUAAAGAUAUGUAUGCAGGAAACUGUGCCCACUUUCAUAAAGGAGGAUGGUGGUACAACGCCUGCGCACAUUCAAACCUAAAUGGAGUGUGGUACAGAGGAGGCCAUUACAGAAGCAAGCACCAGGAUGGGAUAUUCUGGGCCGAAUACCGAGGCGGGUCAUACUCCUUGAGAGCAGUUCAGAUGAUGAUCAAGCCUAUUGACUGAAGAGAAAGUCUCCAAUUUAAAUGACAUAGAAGUCUGUAUUUUUCAGUUCCAGAAAGUGUAAAUGUUACAUGUAUAUUAUUUUGCACAAUUCAUUUCUACAGAUAAAGGUUAAAGUUUUUAAAAUGAUUUUUACCAUAACGAUAAAAGGGGAUUUAUGAAUGUAGUUUCAUCUUCCCUUAAUAUACUGCAGAAGAUUAUCUGUAUCUAAACUCAGUUAUUUUUAAAAUAUUGACUAAAUACAGGCAAAGUCUGUUUUCUAAAAUGUAAAUAUUUGCCACAAUGUAAAACAAAUCUUAGCUUUAUUUUAAAUCAAAAUUCAAUACAUGUUCAAGAUCGUUAACAAUUUAUUUAAAAACUUUAUGAGAAUGCUAUAACUUCCAAAUGGAAAAAUAAUUUUAAGAUUCCAAAGUAAUGCAUUUUAUUUAUAAAAAUAUAGACAGGAAAUUAGAAAAACUCUAGUUUUGCCAACAUUCUGCAUUGAAUAAAAGUUAUUUCAAAUUGAAUUCGUGCCUUUCACAUGAAAUAAUUAAAUCUGCAUUCCUGACAAUAUGUCAAUUUCCCAAAAGAAUUAAGAAACCCACAGUAUUAAAACACACAUUUUUAAAAACAAAAAAUAAUGUAUGCAGUAUUUAAAUGAUCAAUUUAUAAAAACAAAAAUAUACAAAUGAAUUUUUCAAAAUUAUCUUCAUAUGACUUGCUGAACACCAAAAUCUCCUGAAAUCCAUUCUAUGUUGUUAUAUCAGUAAAAUGCUGCUAUUA